UUGCCAUUGACUUCAUAGGUAAGAAAGGCUAAGCUCCAAUUGAACCUCCAACUUUUAGAAGUGCCUCAUCAAUCACACCACAUACAACAACAAACCAAUUAGACAGCGAGCGACUCCUUGAGAUCCUCCUCAAAAACUAAAAGCAAAAAUGUACCGCCAGACUCUGACCAAGAUCCCGUCUCGAGGCCUCCCCCGCCGCGCAUUCACGACGACCGUCCGCGCCAUGUCAGCAGGCGACACCGGUGCGCCGAGCAAGCUGGGCAGCUUAGGCCAAAGUGAUGCCUUCCAGAAGCGCGAAAAGGCCAACGAGGAUUUCGCGAUCCGCCAGCGCGAGAAGGAGAAGCUCCUUGAGCUGCGCAAGAAGCUCCGCGAGCAGCAGGACCACCUCCAGAAGCUGUCCGACCACAUCGACGAGUUGACCAAGGAUCAAGGCGGCGAGCACAACUAGAUGUAUUAGUAUCAGUACGUAAGAGAAGGAAUGCCGAAGCUCCGCUCAUUAUGAUGUCUAGCAUCUGCGCGUGAGUCUUUGCGGUGUUACUAGAAACAGUUCAAAAAACCAGACUUGUUCUUCAGCCAUCGCAUUUGCCAUGUCCUAGUGUACAUAAAUACAGCCGUUGCACAGAAUUAACUCUCGUCUCUUAUCACGGC